UUAUGGCUUGUGCUCAGAAGAGGAGAGGAACGCCAUUUUAUUAACCUUUUAGGCGGGGAGUUGUAAAUUUGUUAUUAAAUAUGCGGUCGAAAAUGUGUAGACACCUUAUGCUAAAAAUAAAACAGCGUUAGUUGCAGGAUCACCAGAAACGUCGAAUCGGUAUGGAAGAUGGUUCAAAUACUACCGUAUCAGACGUAGAGGUGUUGGAGCAUGCAAAAAAUGGAGUAGUGGCCCCCAUAAUGGCAAACUUCCCUGAUGGGAUAAUUGCUGUUUCGAAAGAUGAAAAAAUAAUUCAUAUCGAAAGUGCGAAAGUCAAUGGUGACAAUAUUGAAGAAAAUAAUUUAUUUGAGGAUAAUUCAUACAGUUCAGAAAGUGAUGCUCUAGUGAUAGAUGAAAGUGUACCUAAAAAACGAAAUUCCAAGAAAAGAAGUGCACAAAAAACAAAAAUUAUAUCCGAGGACAAUUCCAAUAAAGACAGUGAAGUGGUUACGCAUUCCAAUCCAUAUUUUAAUGAAUCACUGUUUGAAUUAUCUCAGUUACAUCAGAAUUCUCAAGACAAUUCAAAUAAAAUUAACAGUAACGUGACAGUGGACAAAGAAGAUAAAAAUUUCAAACCUAAACAUAAAAAAAUUAAAGGCAAAAGUAAACCAAAACUUAGAGAAUAUGCUCAGUAUUUAGGUUUGCAACCAACUGUGCAGUUUAAGUGUUCUAAGUGCGGUAGAGCGGGAUUUGAGUCUUUAACGACUCUUCAGGAUCAUAUUAUUCAGUGCAAUUCAGUGCAAACUGUUCAGGAAAAAAUUCCUGAAAAUUCUUGUUCAGGAUUCAAACUAACCCGCAAAGUAUUUUUGUGUUCGGCUUGUGGAACAUAUUACGAAAAUUGGAACCUUUAUAUGCAUAUGUUAGAGUUUCAUAGAAGAUAUAUAUGUUUAUAUUGUUUAGGUAUGUUUUCUAUAUUGGAAGACCUAUGUCAGCAUAUACAAUCUCGUCAUAAUCUUGAACCAGGACAUAAAAAUACCUUAGAUGAAUUUUUCAAUGUUUAUAAUGAACCUUGUUACGUAGUGUGUUGUGAGUGUAAUAAACUCUUUAGCGAGCAAGAUAAUUUUUUUUAUCAUAAUUGCAUGAGUAAUAAAAACACGAAGAGUAAGAAAUCGAUAAAACAGCAAAUUACUCCAGAAAAUCAUGUUACAGGCGACUCUGUACAAGUAAGUGAAGAAAUUCUUGCAAAUGCUACUAGCACUAAGGAACUACAAGGUAUUAUACAAGACGCCUCUGAAAAAAAAAACAUAGGGUCAGAACAAAACACUGACAAUACAGUACCUACGGAAACUAACAGUCCUAAAAAUUUGACUGGCAUUGAAGAAAGAAAUGAAAUAAGUCAACGAGUGGAAUUAGAAGAUGAUGAUGAAACAGUUUCAAAAGAAGAUGAACAAGAUAGAGUUAGUAAUGAUUUAGAACAUAAUCAGUAUACUGAGGAACUGAACUGUAUAAAUAUAGAAAAUAAUACUGUUGAAGAUAACUGUGUUUCAAAUUUGACAGAAGGAAUUCCUUUUAGUGAAACUGAAAACAGAACAGAAGAAAGUAAAGAAGACCUUUCUUUACAAGAAACUAAUAUGGAAAUCAAUGAUGUACAUGGUGAACCAAUUGAAACUCGGAAGGUUCCAAAGUUGUCACUGAAAUUACCUAAACCUGGAACUUAUUCAGAACCUGACAUUGAAGGAGAAGAAAGUGAUGAUAGUGAAAAAUUAACGAUGGAAGUAGACCAAAUUGAAAGUGAAAAUGAAAAUGAUGUUGAUAAAAUUAAUCCUAAACAGGAUACAGAUGACACUCAUGUGAAGGAUGAAAAUAUAGACUCAUCGCUCCAGAUCGCUGGACCAGAUAUUACAAUUAUCGAAUUACAGUUAGAGCAGCCAUUAGAUAAGUUUGAUCCACGAGUACUCUUACAAAAAUGUUUAAAAGCUACUGCAUCUAGUUGUAUCUAUUGUAAUCACGCCAGAAAAAUUGCUGUUAAUGGCAAACAACUAGGUUUGCAUUGUAUAGCUGAACAUAGAUUUUCAGGUGUUGUGAAUAGCAUAACAGCUGAAGAAUUAAUUCCUGAAAGUUUUGUUAACAGAAUAAAAGAAAGCUUAGGUGAAUUAGAAACAGUAUUUUUUAAUUUAGAAUCAAGUUUUUCAGACGAUGCUGUGACUUUUUCGCAUGUAUUUGAAUGUUUUCAAUGUCGUUUUAGUACAACGGUACAUAAGGAACUGUACUUACAUAACAGAAAAUUUCAUUCAAAAAAUUUAUUAUUAUGUAUAAUGUGUAAAUCGAACUUUUAUAGUUAUAGUGAAUUAAUCUGCCACUUAUGCCCUGGAGUAUACAUUUUGGAUUAUGAUUUACAAUUUCGUUGCUGCAUGUGUGUAAAUGAUGAUUUACCUUCUUCUUUUCGAUUAAUGGUUCAUCUUAGAAAAAGGCAUAAUGUUUGCGAUGUUUGUUUGGAAAUGUGUCAUACACAAUAUCGUCUUUCAAACCAUGUAUGGAAACAUAAACUACAUCAUUUCUGUUAUCGAUGUGGUAUUGCUUAUAGAAAUAAGCCAGAUAUUACUAGACAUUUGUUUUGGAAACAUGGAACUGAGAGUGUUUUAUGUAAAAAAUGUUUGCAGAAAAAGUGGCCCCAUGUUUAUCACUUCUGUGUGCCACCAACAAGCUUUGUUUGUGAAGAAUGUAAUGUCUCUUACACUAAAGCAGUAUCGUUGAAGGUGCAUAAAAGAAUACACACAGAUGAGAAAAAACACGCUUGUACAUUUGAAGGAUGCUCAGAGAAAUUCAUUUCCAAGAAAUUAAUGCUCAAGCAUGAAUUACGUCACAGGGAACCUCCAGAGGAAAUUAUAAAUGAAGAGGAAAGUGAGAGAGUUACCGAUGAGGCGAGAGAAGAGAAAGUGGAAGAAAAAAAUCUGGAAAUUAAAAACGAGGAAGAGAAGUCUGAAGACAAACCUAAACCUAAAAUAGAUGUUUUAGAUUUACCUGAACUAAAUCUUUCUGAAAGUGACAGCAGUGACUCUGAAACUGAACCUUCAGCAAACGAUAAAAAAGAGGAGCCCAAUGAAAAUAAAGAAAUAGAUACAAAUGUGCAAGAAAUAGUAAAUAAUGAGAAAGAAGAUAAAGAAAACAAUAAAGAAUCUGAUCAGCUGCUUCAUCAAGGAGAUAAUACAGUGGUUCAGAAGGAAGUAAAUGAGAAAAGCGAAGAUUUUGAUAAUCCAAAUUCUGUGAUACAAAAUAUUUGGGAUAAUUUUAAAAAUUAUCAAGCAAAUAAGGAAAAAUUAGAUAAUAUGUUUAAUGAGGUAGAAAAAACAGAGCCGAAUCUGGAUCUCGCAGUUCCUGAUGUUGAUCAGCUAACAGUGGAACUUGCCUUAAGAGACCAUGAUUAUUGUGUUGACCCUGAGAAAACAGUAGAUACUAGUUUAAUAGAAGUAAAGCCAGCUUUGACAAUGACUGAAAGUGUUGACCAUGAUUACUGUUCCCCAAAACCUCAAGCUCCUGUAUUAGAAAAACCACCAUUGGAACCUAUUACAGAACAAAAUAAUAAAGAAGAUAUUAAAGAAAAAAAGAACAGUGACAGCUCCUGUAAUGAAUCAAGUAGUGAUAGUGACUCGUCUAGUUGUUCGUGUGGAUCAAAUUGUUCUUGUAGCUCCAGUUCCGAUAGUUCCAGUUCAACUUCAGAAAGUUCUAAUUCUGACAGCUCUACAGAAGAAGGUAGGAAAAAACAGCAAGCUCGACGUCAACGUAGGAAAGAACGUGCAAAUAAAAUAAAAGAAAAUGACACUAAAGUGGUAGAUGUUGUAGCAACAGAUUUACCUCCAAUCGCUAUCGAAACUCCAAUUAGGGAGUCUGAUUUAGAAACAACAGAAAGUGAAACUGAUGAAGAAUUUUAUGAUAGAGCUCCUCAAAAAUUAGCAAAAAAAAUAUUAGAAGAGAAGCGGCAGCAAUUGCUGGCUAUCAUGGGGCCUAAUAAUAUGCCUAAUGGCAGCUUUAUUGAAAGUACCAGUAGACCGCCUACACCUCCUGCUGGUGUUGAGGAAGAGGAAACUAAACCAAAGAAAAAGUCCAAAUCCAAAAAACGUAAAAAGAGAAAAAGUGAGCGGAAAAAUGAAAUGGAAAUAGAUGUUAAAGAAUACACAACAGAAGCCUCAAACAUACCUGUACCAUCUUAUUAUCAGUACCAACCACCAACAGUAGCACCUAUAACCCUUUCUCUGUCACGAAAUUCGCCAGUACCAAAUCAGUCUACAGUUCCCCCAGUGCCAACAUCUUACCAGAAAGCUCAAAAUGAACCUUCGUACAUUAGACAGGACUCAUCUGAUUCCAGUUUAAGAGCCUCAAAACGUAGAAGAGUACCCAAUAAAUUUUAUGGAUAUUCUAGUGACGAAGAUCAAGAUAAAGUUCCACCAUCUAUUCCUAAGUGGAGAAAGACUGAAGUACCUCAAGCACCUAGGUCACCCAUGGUUGUGCCCCCUAUUACAAUUAAAACUGCAACUCAGCCAAUACAACAACCAACGGUUGAACCAAUAUCUAUUCGUACGGGAACCCACUUAAGUGACUUCCGAGUUCAAAGGCCUACACCUAAACCUAUUCCACCUCCAGUUCAUUUACUAAAUCAGAGACAGUUGGAAAAGGACAGUGCUACAGAAUCGAAUGACUCUAGUUCUGAAGAACAACCGGUUCUGCCUAAGCCCAACCAACCUCAGCUAUACUGCUACUGUAGAUGCCCUUACGAUGAGGUGUCUGAAAUGAUCGGAUGUGAUGCUAGUGAUUGUGCAAUUGAAUGGUUUCAUUUUGAAUGUGUAGGUAUUAUGGUACCCCCCAAAGGGCAGUGGUUCUGCCCCGACUGUAGAAAAAGGAAACAACAAAGAAGGGAAUUGCUCCAAACUUAAGAGUUGUAAGAGAUGUACUGGUUUACCAGUUUUUAGCUUAUACUUGAAAUAUUUGUUGGUUUUGUUGAGUUUUUGUUAUUCUUUUGGUUUUCCCAUUUAGAAUUUACGUGCAUGUUGAUUUUUCUGAUCCAUUGUUAUAAUUUUAAUAUGCGAAGAUAUUGUGGAUAUGAAACGUUUUUUUUAGUAAUUUUGAUAUACAUUGAACAUCUGUAUUAAGUAAUAUAAAAACCAAAAAAAUCCUUAAAUAAAAUUAAUUCGAAAAGUUUCAGGUAAUUGUUCAGUUAAUUGAAUUAAAUAACUAUUUAUUUUAUAUUAAGAAAUACCUAAUAAAAUACAUAAUUUGAAUUUGAUGAUCAUUCGGAAUGAGAAACAUGUAAUGAAAAUGCCACUAUUGAUAAUGCCAAAUAAAUGGUGAUUAUGUAAUAAACAAAUUUUUUCUACUCUAUGUGAUCGUAUUUAUCUGAAAUUAGUCUUAUGUAAUUUUGUAUCACAUUAUUUACUCUAUUUUUGCAGAAGACUAUGGUCCUGCGUUGAAUUGAGAUAUUUCAACAGACUGAAUAAAUUAUUUUAAGCAAGAAGUUACAUAUAAAGUAUAGUAGUCUCAAUUUUAGAUAUGCGGGUUGUUGAAAUAAGAAAAUUUAUCACGUUUUCUGAAAUAUCUCUAAGAAUUUUGACGCAAGUUGAUGAAAUUUGGAGUCACUGGUUUAUCUAAUUAGAAAAUGAAGAAUUGAAUAUUACCAAUAAAUAUAAAAACUAUUACCAUGUGAAUUUUUCUAUUGAAUG